CUCUGAUAUAAUAUAAACUAUACGCAUAAGAAAGCCAAGGGUUUAAGUCUUUCGUGUGUGUUUUAGAUUCACUGAUAAUGAAAAAGGGAGAAGAAGGAGGAGAAGAAAACAAGAAUGAGGUCUCUCUUCAGACUCUGAGUAAGAAAAUGGAUGAUUUUGCAAAAGCUAGAGACUGGGAGAAGUAUCACAGUCCAAGGAAUCUCCUCCUUGCAAUGGUGGGUGAAGUGGGAGAGCUAUCAGAGAUAUUCCAAUGGAAAGGGGAAGUGGCAAGAGGUUGUCCAGAUUGGAAAGAGGAAGAGAAAGUUCAUCUUGGUGAAGAGUUAUCAGAUGUGUUGUUGUAUUUGGUGAGGCUUUCGGAUGCGUGUGGUGUCGAUUUAGGCAAAGCUGCUUUGCGCAAGAUCGAGCUUAAUGCGGUUAAGUAUCCAGCACUCAAACAGACUGAUGAUCAUUGUGUUGGUGAUGGUGAAGUUUCAAGCAGCAAGACUAAGUUGAAUGAAGAACAUUAAUCUCCCUUGUUUUAUAGUGGGUCUUCAAGUGUGUUAUGUCAAUGAAGUGGGAGCGAGAGGCAAGAACAUAUAAUCUUUGAAAGCCUCUUAACUAUAUUUCAGAUGAUUCAAGUUAAGUAGUUCAUUGUCAAUUGAUAACUAGAUGAUGAUCCGUACCAAAUGUGAGAUUACUUAGGCUCUUGCUUGUACAACUUUUUCAUUGGUUUCUUCUGUACUUGCUUUCACUGAAUUUUGCGGUUAGAGUUCA